UUGUUUUCAUAACAAUUGUUUAGAUUCAGCGAUUUUUCGGUUGUUUUGUGCGUCGGGUCUGCGAAUUUUUGAUAUGAAUCCCCAGGAAUUUGAUAGCAUAGCUAGAAAUGUGUACAAAAAUUUGGAUCAGAUAAAUAGCAUCUUGAACAAGGCAAAGUUCAUCUCGAAAUUUCACACGAACACCGGCAGUACCGAUCUUCCCGGUGAGUUGUUGGCACUGACAAAGGAAGAAGAGGUUUGCUCAAACAAAUCUGCAAAUGAUUCCGAUUCUCUGGAGCGCCCGUGUGUGGAAGAUAUCGACACACUGUUCGACACGAUCCGGUCUCAUACAGCUUCCGCUAGCAAAGCGCCACAACGGCAGGGGUCGUUCAAGAAAACCACAGGAAUACCACUGCAGCAGUCAAGAAUACUGAACGAAACCAACCUGUUGGCGAACGGGACGAUGAUGACCGGUUCCAGUUCGGAUUUGACCAGCAUUAGCACCAAGUCAAUGAUACACACCAAGCAUCCACCCGUGGAUGUCGAGGCGUUGGUCAGUCGGUUUCGCGAAACGAUCGGUUCGCUAACAAUGAUUGAAAAUCGGAACAUCGAGCGGAUUGAUUUGGCCCAGAACCGUCAACGUUUUCUUAACGAAUGGGCCAGCAUCGAGAAGAAUUGUCGAAACGUUCAAGCUCUGCUGGAUGAUUGCAAGUUGCAGUUGGAUAGCCAGGGGAAAGGGGCGGUAAAACAGGAGCCGCUCAUAAGUAACGAUUUCAUAAAAUCGAUGAAACAACUACAAUCGAUACUGCACUAUAUGGUAUACAUUAAGAAAACUGAAAACCUCCCUGACUUGAGCAAGACGCUCAGCAAGGAAGUAUUCCCACUUUCCGAGUGCCUUGAUGCCGUCGAAGAAACAAUCAGACAGAAACAAUUGUAAACCGUACGAUAGAAACAAAGUCAAACAAAUCGUGAGCAUAAUUAAUGUAAAUAUAUAUAUUUUUCCUUUCGAAUACAAACAUUAAAGAAUGAUACAUGAUUAGAAAAGAUAUCUUUAGAAUGACUGA